ACACCGGAUUUAAGGUUAGAAGAUGAGUCAGACUUGACCACAAAUUUCCGCUUUUAUCAAUGCACUUUUUAUCAAAACUUUUUGUGUUGAUAAUGCAAAAUUGUACACAUAACCAUUAAAACCACUGAAAACGACGCUAUCGCAUCGUCUACACAGUACCAUCGCUCAGACGAUACAGAUAUUGCACCAUGUCCGACCCGAUUUGCACUCUGGAACAAGGACAAGUAAAAGGUAAGAUCGAAAAGGACAUGGACGGCAACCCGUUUUUGAGCUUCAUGGGUAUCCCAUACGCUAAACCACCACUGGACAAACUCCGGUUCAAGCCGCCUCAACCCGCCGAGAAGUGGCAAGGAAUUUACGACGCCACCAAGGAACCCAAUAACUGCUAUUCCCUACAGGUGGAACUAACAGGAUUUUUUCCGCAGGUGAAACUCAAAGGCUCUGAAGACUGCCUGUUUUUGAACGUUUUCACCCAUCAGCUAAACAAAAGCGGCUCGGAAAAUCUACGUCCAGUCAUGGUAUUCAUCCACGGUGGAGCUUUCAUAACUGGGUCCAUCGCUAGAGUGACCUUCGGACCCGAGUUUUUAAUGACCGAGGACAUCGUCUUGGUACUAAUGAACUACAGACUGGGAGCUUUGGGUUUCUUAACCAUAGAGGACCCCUCGUUCCAAGUGACGGGAAACGCAGGCCUUAAAGACCAAAUCCUGGCUUUGAAAUGGGUGCAAAAAAACAUUAAGCAGUUCUGUGGGGACCCGUCCAACGUUACGCUUUUGGGGCAAAGCGCUGGGUCUGCCUCCGUCCACUAUUUGGUCCUAUCGCCACAAACCAAAGGUUUGUUCCAUAGAGCGGUCAUGCAAAGUGGUACCGCCACCUGUCCCUGGGCUCGCGGCAAAAACAACACGGAACAAUUAGCACGAACCAGUCGCUGUAAACAAACUGACACAAAACAAGUACUCGAAUGUUUGCAAGGUGUCACGGUACAGCGUCUUAUUAAAGCCCAGAAUAAGAACUUUGCUAUGAUUACGGGCCCAGGUGCCCAGGCGGCCUUCGGUCCUACUGUGGAAGUACCAAACCCAACAGCUGUCAUAACUGACGAGCCGCUCAAGCUUAUCAAUUCGGGGAAUUAUAAUCACGUGCCGUUAAUGUUUGGGUAUACCAGCGAGGAAGGUAUCCUGGGUGCGUGGGGGUCCAGGUGCAAAGUUAAAAAGAAGUUGAAAGAUAUGUUACCUUAUUCCUUUGGCUACGAUAAAGACAGUGAGGAAGCUCGGGCUCUACGCCAGAAAGUGUUUCAGUUUUACUAUGGCAAAGACAAACCCAAUAUCGGGAAGAUGGAAAUUUUUGCGCAGAUUUCGUCUGACAUCACUUUUCUGAGGGGUAUUUAUCAGGCUAUCAAAGGUCACGUCAAGACGGCUCAAAAACCCGUUUAUUUGUACAGGGUGUCGAUUGAGACUGAACUGAACGCCUUUAAAAGAAUCUUAAAAUAUAAACACAAAGGUGCCUGUCACGGCGACGACGUGUGCUACAUUUUUAAGGCAAAAUACGCCAAAUACAAACCCAGUACUAUCGAGGAAAGAGCAAUUCGCAGACACGUCAGAUUGUGGACCAAUUUUGCGAGAACUAGUAAUCCCAUUCCGAACCACGACGAUUUAGUGAAGACCUACUGGAACCCCGCGACUGAAAAGAACUUGAAUUUUUUGGACAUCGGGGAAGAAUUAGUACCCGGUAAGGAACCACCAGACAUGGACAGAAUAGCGUUUUGGGAACAAAUCUGCAAAGGGAUUAAUGAAAAGUACAAAUAACAAAUAACACUAGAUUCGUUUUUAUUUUGUCGUUAAUUGUAAAAAUAAUAAAGUACU